AGGGACAGAAUUCUGAAAAACCUAGUAUUUAAGAGGAAGGUAGAGGAAGAAGAAAACAUAAGGACAAAAUUCUGAAAGAUCCAGGAGAGCACGGAUUAUAGAAAGGAGAAGCUUUGUACUUCAAAACUGUUGGUAACACUGGGACAAGUCUACCCUUUUACUUCCAUCCUCCCAGCCCCAUUCCCCACUCACAUUUUCCUUCUGGUGGAAUGAGAUUUCAAGAUCCGGAGGGGCUGGUUGGUGCCAUGUGGAAGGUGGUCGUGUUGCUGGUCCUGCUGAUGGUCAGCCCUGGGCAGGGGCUGUUCCGCUCCAUGUUCAAAAAAACCCACGUCACUAAGGAGCCUAAGGGAAAUGUGGGGCAGCCGCUGUUUCUGACCCCUCUCAUUGAAGCUGGGAACAUCAGGAAAGCGAAAGAGUUGAGCUUGGUCAGUCCUUUCUCGGUGGUGAACGUGAAGAGUUAUGCUGGCUACAUCACUGUGAAUAAGACCUACAACAGCAACCUCUUUUUCUGGUUCUUCCCGGCUCAGAUACAACCAGAGGAUGCCCCAGUAGUCCUCUGGCUUCAGGGUGGGCCAGGAGGUUCAUCCAUGUUUGGACUGUUUGUGGAACACGGACCAUACGUCGUCUUGAAGAACAUGACCUUGCGUGCCAGAGAAUUCCCUUGGACCACCACGUUAUCCAUGCUCUACAUUGAUAAUCCGGUGGGCACAGGCUUCAGUUUCACGCAAGACAGCCGCGGCUAUGCAGUUAAUGAAGAUGAUGUGGCAAAAGAUUUAUACAGUGCUCUAAAUCAGUUUUUUCACUUGUUUCCUGAAUAUAACAGGAAUGAAUUUUAUAUCUCUGGGGAGUCUUAUGCAGGGAAAUAUGUGCCAGCCAUCGCACACUACAUCCACACCCUCAACCCUACGCGUAUGUCGAAGUUCAACCUGAAAGGAAUUGCCCUUGGAGAUGCAUAUUUCGAUCCUGAAUCAAUCAUAGGGGGCUACGCAGCCUUCCUGUUUCAAAUCGGCUUGCUAGAUGAGAAGCAGAAAAAACACUUCCAGAAGGAGUGUGAUGCGUGUGUAAAACACAUCAAGCAGGGGAACUGGCUGCAGGCCUUUGAAAUACUGGAUAGACUACUAGAUGGCGACCUAACCAAUGAGGCUUCGUACUUCCAGAAUGUUACAGGAUGUGUCAACUACUACAACUUCUUACAGUGCACGGAACCUGAGGACCUCAAUUACUAUACACAGUUUUUAUCACUGCCUGAAGUGAAACAAGCCAUCCACGUGGGAAAUCACACUUUUAAUGAUGGAGAGGAAGUGGAGAAAUACUUGCGAGAGGACACAGUGAAGUCGGUGAAGCCAUGGCUAACUGAGAUCGUAAAUAACUACAAGGUUCUGAUCUACAGUGGCCAGCUGGACAUCAUCGUGGCCGCGUCACUGACAGAGCGUUCCUUGAGGGCCAUGGAGUGGAAGGGAUCCCGGGAGUACAAGAAGGUGGCAAGGAAGGUCUGGAAGAUCUUCAAGACUGAUACCGAGGUGGCUGGUUACGUGCGGCAAGUGGGAGACUUCCACCAGAUAAUGUUGUCCUGAAAGUGUAGUGCCCUGUGCCCUGCUUUGUACCACGGAUUGCUGCAACCUUCUGAGUCCCUUCAACUGUUGAUCUCAAGAACCCAGUGAUGGCCAGACACCCUGUCCAGUCCUGAGCUGGCCCCCACAGAGCAGCCCUGAGGCCGCCAGUGCAAGCACUCUGGUGCAGACAGAAGGAUCCCGAGCCUGUGGCAGCAGAGCAGGCUCCUUCCUGCGGGUACCAAUCAUGUUAAGAGAUGGGAUGAGGCGGUGGAGGUGGGAACGGACACAGGCAGCAGGCCUCUCCCACCUUUCUGUAGAUGUUGACAACCUGUCUCCUCAGACUAACUCCCCUGAGCCAAGGGGUCAGAGAGUUCUGGACUUCCUACUUCACCCGCUGGGACUGACACUUGGAUUUACCUUGUAAGAAAGAGGAAGAAUGUCAGGAUGUGUCCUUUUCCCCAAGGGAGCCCAAAUGUCAGAAAUCCAGUGGUCCCAGGACAGAGUGGCUUUGGGACAGGGGUGCUGAUUUGGGGUGUUCUCCAAUUUCCAUGAUAUGAGUUUCCCCCACAUUGGCAGACUGCAAGCUCCCAAUCUGACCGUCCCGGAAUGUGUGGAGGAGUAGCAGUUGGCAGUUAGCUCUCGUAAUACAGGAGGAGAGAGCUCCGGUACACGACUGGUACUAUCAACCUGUGUGGCUGCUUGCAGGACGUAAAACGUCAGCAGGCUUCAAGUCCUCAUAGCACGCCU